AUGCUCCUGGGUCUGCCCUUCGCGGACGACGCUUUCGCGGCGCCGGGGUUGGGGCCAAAGCAACUAUUCAGCCUGCGUAUUCCUCCGGGCACGCACGAGCUGCGCAUCGCCAUUCGACCGUCGAAAGCGGAGCUGCCUCUUUUCCGCAAGACGGAAAACACAGUGCAGGGCGUGAAGGUUUCGCAUCAAGCAGUGACGGAGAAUUGGCUCAAGGAGCGAUCAAGGUGCCUGGGCGAGAUCACCGGCUUCGAAGCACCGGUCAAACCCUACUGUUUUCGCCGCGGCCACGGCGAGGCCCUCGACAGCAGCAGUCACAUUAGCGAUCCGCAGCGGAACCUCAUCCUGCAGCACUCCUCAUCGGCCGUAUUCCAGCACAACUACCUCUCACGAUACAUCACGCAAGAUACGCAGGCAGCGUAUAGAGGCUUGGAGCCGCAGACAGCCCUGAUACGCGCCGCCAGCGGCAUGAGUCGCUCGAUUGACCCCCAGCGGCCACGGUCAAUGACCGACGACCAACUGGCGAAUGUCAUCCGACAUCCGGAGGUUAUCUUGGCUCGACGAAUCCGAGACCGUUGGGCUAAGCACGCCCGUGCUCAGUACACGACGAUUGCCCGCUCGAAGGGUACAAGCGCACACGAAGCAUACCAGCACGCGCAGCGUGCAUACAUGCGAGCGAAACGGGAUGCCCGCAAAGCGAUGGUGCAGCAGGUCAACACCAGAUACCGAGAGGAGCAGCCCGUGGCGGAGAUCUUGUGGCAGCUGAAAAGCAGGGGCACGCGACCGCCAGAGCGCAGAUGCAAACGCGAGGCAGAGGCAGUGCUGAGCAGCGAGCGCCGGCGCGUCUUAGCGGCCUUGCUCACCUUCACACCGUCCGAAUCAGCGGACUGUCAUCGUCAGCGGUCAGAGGCCAUCGACGCUAUGACAGCACUGUGCAACGGACAGGAUCCAUCUGUGAAGAGGGUUUGUCGAGGUCGAGAGACCUGCCCCGCCGGCGCCGAUGCGAAGAGGGCGAUCUGCACCCUAGCCCAGACGACGAAGACUGACCCGUUCCCCAUGAAGUGUUUACCGACGCAAUGCAUUUUCUGCAUGGGCAACGAGGAACUAUCCCAGGCCAAACGGAUGAAGGCGUUCCGGAACCGCGACGGUCUGAAGGGGCACUUCGAGCGCAAGCAUCUGCGGCACCACACUGCAACACAAUUGAGGUGUCCGCAUCCAAAAUGUGGCAACGAAGAAUUCAAGCACAUGAAUCACCUGCGGAAUCAUGCUGCCAGCAUCCACGGGACUAUAACGUGA